AUGCCCUGGCCAAGAGUAUUCGCAAGAGAAGAGGACGAGGUCCGUCUCGCGGACACGACGGUCGACGGCGCCAACGAGACAACGGUCAUCCUCCCAAGUCCCCAAACCCGCCAAUAUGUCGAGGACUACACGGACGGCACGACUCUCUUCCCGUGGCAAGACAUGCCAAUAUUCAUCGUCAGCACUGUCGACUCGGAUCUUAAAAAGCUCCUCAAGAUGAGGAUUACCGCUGCCGGCGGCAAGGUCGUAAGAAGGUUAGACAACGCGCGAAUCAUCGUGAUACCGCACGACCCAGAGGCGAGCGUCGUGAAUGCCCUCCGGGAGAUCAAGUCCGUCCAGGAUUCGAGUGCAUCGAUUGUGAAACCGCACUGGGUAUUUAGGACCUUCUUCGACGGCAUUGCCGAAGACUUUGAAACGAGCUCUCUGCCGCUGAAGUGGAAGAACUUAGCCACCGCAGUUGCAGACCUCGGCGACGACGAACUCCGUCUCGAUCUGAUGAUAGCUCUCGAGCGUGAAGGAGCGGUCCUCGUCCCCUUCGACGACUGUAAGGCAUGCGUCCUGCCGUCGAGGCAUGCGUACCUCCAAGAGCCGCCAGCAGCGUACGAGCACCUGCGAUUCUUUUCACCGGAAACCGUCUUCGAGUAUCUCGGGAUCCGCAGACCGAUCAAGCAGAUGAGACCUGAGCUGGUCCGAAGGCGAGUGCCCCAGCCCGCACCCCCUCAGCCCGCACCCGCCCAGCCCGCACGAACGCCAAGUCGACAACCGGACCGCACACCGGCACGACAAUCAGCUCCAGCGGCCCACAGGCGACAGGAAUUUAGCACCGAGGACCGCGACUACCUCGCGCGCUAUAUCGCCAACGCGUGCCCAGACGAGCGGGGGCGCACCUCGAAGAAUCUCUACGUCAACCUCGUGGGAGGCACCGUGCAACGUCCAACGGACUCAUGGGAGUGGGCUACACGCCAUCCUGCCGAGGGGUGGCGGCAACACUACCGGACGUAUAAAAGGAAGCCGUGGCGCGACGACACGGUGCUUCACGACCUCAUUGAGCACUAUGUCGAGGCGGGGAUCGACUCGAACCUCCACACGGAAGAGGAGCGGCGUCAUCUCGGGAAGAAGGCGAAUUAUAACCAUCGUGGACGCGGAGGAGCAUCGUCUCCGUCGUCACCUGCUUCAACCCUCAAACAGAAGCGGCGUCGCUGGCUCGAUUCUGAAGAUGGGAUGAGGAGACAGCCUAGGAGAGGCACCAAGAAGAAGAGCCGACCACAACCAACCAGCUCGUCGGCAUCCGACGACGAGUUCAUUGACGAGCAGUUAAGUGAUUAG